UUGAAGACAGAGACACCGCUAGGCUACACGCCUUACAUCUCCCGGUCUGGGAAACUUCAUGGAAAUACGAUGGUUAUAUUACGCAUGAUUUCUCUUGACUGGAAAAAAAUCGACCUUUCCACUUUGGUAAACUUUUCAAGUGACGGAGCCCAAGCUUUCCAGGAGUUUAGUUUAUAAUUUAAUUUCAAGUAACUUCAGUCUGUAAAUACUAUUUUGGCACCGGGAUCAAGAAAAACUAUAAACACGCGCGAUGGGUGACGAGCAGUGCUACGACAAUGAAACGAUCGCCUUCUUUUACAACAACAGCCGCAAGCACCUGGCCCAGGACUGGAACGGGGUCAGCCGGCUGGUGAUGGGUCUGGGCAUCACGGUCUGCAUCUUCAUCAUGCUGGCCAACCUGCUAGUGAUGGUGGCCAUCUACAUCAACCGCCGGUUCCACUUCCCCAUCUACUACCUGAUGGCCAACCUGGCGGCCGCUGACUUCUUCGCCGGGCUGGCCUACUUCUACCUGAUGUUCAACACGGGCCCCAACACGCGGCGGCUAACGGUUAGCACGUGGCUACUCCGGCAGGGCCUGAUCGACACCAGCCUGACGGCCUCCGUGGCCAACCUGCUGGCCAUCGCCAUUGAGCGGCACAUCACCGUGUUCCGCAUGCAGCUGCACACACGCAUGAGCAACCGCCGCGUGGUCAUCGUCAUCGUCAUCAUCUGGAGCAUGUCCAUCGUCAUGGGCGCCAUUCCCAGCGCGGGCUGGAACUGCAUCUGCGCCGUGCACACUUGCUCCAACAUGGCGCCCAUCUACAGCCACUCCUACCUGGUGUUCUGGGCCGUCUUCAACCUGGUGACCUUCGUGGUUAUGGUGGUGCUGUACGCGCACAUCUUCGUCUACGUGCGCCAGAGGACCAUGAGGAUGUCCCGGCACAGCUCCGGCCCACGCCGGAACCGAGACACCAUGAUGAGUCUGCUGAAGACCGUGGCCAUCGUGCUGGGGGCCUUCAUCAUCUGCUGGACCCCGGCGUUGGUGUUGUUGCUGCUCGACGUGUUCUGCCCCAGCUGCAACGUGCUGGACUUCGAGAAGUUCUUCCUCCUCCUCGCCGAGUUCAACUCGGCCAUGAACCCCAUCAUCUACUCGUACCGCGACAAGGAGAUGAGCGCCACCUUCAGGCAGAUCCUGUGCUGCCACCGCUCACGUCAGGAGAACGUGAACGGGGCAGCGGAGGGCUCCGAUCGUUCUGCCUCCUCCAUCAACCACUCCGUCCUGAGCCCCGCCCACAACCACGACCAUUCUGUCGUCUAAAACCUCUCCUGUUGCUUUGUUGUUGUUGUUAUUAAAUACCCAGACGGUAUGCUAAGAAAUGCCUUCCCACUCUUUUGGAGAGCAGAAAAAUGACUGGAACGUGUGCCUUUUUAGUAAUUUCUUUUCCCAUUAGAAUGGAAAUAUUGCUGUCCUAUUGAUACUCCAUGAACUAUUGAAGCAGGACUAAUCUGAGAUGGGAAGGAUCUGGACAUGCCAGGAUGAAUAUUCUUACUAGUAUUCUCUUUGUUACUCUAUUGUUGGUAGAGCCUAUAGCAUCUUACCAGGACCAAUUCAGUGGAUUUAGUAGUAUGUGUAGCUUGUAUUAUUAUAAUUUUUUUUAUCCCUGAAUAAAACUCAGUGUCUUAGUAGUUACGUAAGAAAUACUGACUUGAAUUCAUGUUAAUUAUUUUUUGGGAAACAAAUUUCUGUUUGAUUGAGCUGUGUUAUGAUCUCCAUUUGGGGGACCACUGUUUUUUAAACUUGCAUAACAUUCGUUUACACUCAUGGUUUUAAUUGUUGAUGUAACUGUAUUGAUAACUGAUCCAGUGAAGAACAGAUCAUGAAUCAUGCAUUUAUCUCCGUUCCAUAAGCAUGCAUGCGAUAGUACUGAUACCGUCUUUUUGAUACAUUCCUUAAAGGAUUACAAUGGUGGUUGAUCACACUUUCUAGGUUUUUAUGUGCUACUUGCACAAGAGGGCAUUGAAGAAACCUGAUGAAAGUAUUAAAUAUGUCCGCUCUUUAGUUUUGGAGCAAUAGCUGUGUUAAAUGUAUCAUCCUAUUUUAAACCGGUUGAGAAUGGUCUCCUCAUUGUGCGUCACACAAGGAUAACCACUCCCUUAUCCACGCAGUUUGCACUGCUGGCCUACAGGCAAGGCAAUGCUAACAUUAGCUAGCUAGCUAGUUUGCUUUCAUAAGGUGAUGUAAUUGAUAACGUUACCUAGCUAGUUUGCUUUCAUAAGGACGUUAUAGUUUUGCUUUUAUCUUAACUUGGCUAGCUAUCUACUAAGUUAGCUAGCUUGUGAAAAUUCAGUCUCCGAAGAUGAGCACGUAUCAUGGAGAUUUAAGGUAACAAACAACAAUGUGUGGAAAGUGGGGGCACGGUCUGUCAAUCAUUGCUAAUUGACAAUUCUCAGUACCACGCUCAGACAUUUUGGGUUAACUUUGAUAGUGGGAAUUUAGGCUUAGAAAAAUAAGUUUUAAAAUACAUUUAAAUGACUGAAUAAACACAUGCACAUUUGCUUUGUUAUUGCCUAAAGACAAUUGGCAAGUGUUGCAUUCAACCACCAUGUUAAUCCUUUAACCAGCAUUAUAUAUAUAGUACAAAAUAUAUUUAAAAUAUAUGGAACAAAAUGUAAUUUGUCUUUAACUUUGAAACAUACACAAUUAUAAUUCUG